AUGGCCAACCGGGAUAAAAUAGACACUACGCUUUUAAGACGUUUUCUGAAAUGCAUGAAUGGCGAUAUCGAGGAUACUAAAGAGUUAUUGGAACUCAAUUAUCAACUAAGAAAUAAAAGUGCACAUUUGUUCAUAAAUCGAGAUCCCUGUGAUGAAUUGACACAGAAAUCAUUUCAGGCAGUAGACAUGGUACCACUACCCGGGGUAACGCCUGAAAAUUAUAAAAUCUUAUGUUUUCGUUUAAUCGAAAAAGAUAUUAAAGCGCAAAAUAGCAUAGAAGAAUGUAAAGCUUUCUUUCUAAUGAACGAUGCACGUUUCACAUAUUCCGAUGUAGAAGAGGAUUUUACCAACGAUGCGGAAGUCGAGAAUAUGGACUCAUUGGCGAGUGGUGAAAUUCAUAUUGUAGAUAUAGGCAAUUAUAGUUUGCGCCAUAUGUAUAACAUGUCAUUGAUGACCAUGCGUACCUAUAUGAACUUUUUACAGCAUGCCUAUCCGGUACGUUUAAAGGCCACACAUAUUAUAAAUUGUCCGCCAUUUCUAAAUCGUAUGGUGGCAAUUACAAAACCAUUUAUACACGAAGAUGUCUUUAAAAUGAUUCAUUUUCAUACUGAGGGCAUUGAGAGUCUAUAUGAACACGUGCCCCGCAAUAUGUUGCCCUUGGAAUUUGGUGGUCAGGCGGAGCCUUUAAGCGUUCUUAAGACCAAAUGGUGGGAUAUAUUAAUUAAGAAGAGGGAUUAUCUUAUAGAUCCCAAUCAUUGGGUUAUUGCUAAAAGUGAGACUAAAAGUAGCUGGUUAUGGUGGUAAAUUUUGGAAUUUUCACUAAAUUGUGUAUUUUCUAUAGAUUUAGUAUAAAUAAAAGUUGUGAUAUUUUUAAAAUUUUGUUAAAAUCUUC